AUGAAGCCGCUGAAGGACGACCGUCCGCCUGCUCACGCUGCCCUCCACGAUGCCGCGAGGCUGCCCCCGCGAGGCCGCCCGCCGCUCUUCUACACCACCAUCCCGACCCACGGCACCGACCUGCCCCUGCACUCCUUUCCCUACCAGCCGGCCGCCAACCUGCCCCAGCCCCCACGCCCGGGCUCCCUGCACCUGAGAGACGCUUCGCACCAGCGUCGCAUACUGCCCGGCGGCACCGGAGUCAAAGAUGCGCCCAAACCCGGUGGGCCCGAAGUCGUCGUUCCACCCGUCCAUUUUCCCGGUGGGAAGGCUGCCGAUCUGUUUCCAUGGACCGGCAACAACCCCGAGGACAACCUGUCCGAGCCGCUAGUCAAGGCAGGCGUCAGCAACAAGCCCCAGAUCAUGAACGAGUCCAACACCGCACGCCCCUCGCUCAUCAACAACCUCAAGAACAAGUCGGGCCUCAGCACCCUCUCGACCCUGUUCGUCGCCGUGCUGGAGAAGCGACAGCAGACAGGCCGCCUCCAAACUCCAAACACCUUCAAGCCCCCGCCGCGAUUGACCCUGCGAGACUCGACCCGCGAGCAGUGGCUGCACGACUUGGCCAACCCAACCAUUGGCCUUCGCCGCCUCAGCCGCACCAUACCCCACGGCCUCACUGGCAAAGUGCUGCUGGAACAAUGUCUGAACAAGAACAUUCCUCUGCCGAGAGCCCUGUGGCUGGCCAAGUGCGUGGGUAUCAACGAGUUGCGUGCGCACAAAAGAAAGGGCCAGGCCGGUACCGUGACAUGGGGCAGAGGCUGGACCAGUUCUGUCGAGCAAUUCAUAGACGGCGUCAUCAGCAGCAUUGGCCAGGGUGAUUGGAAACCCCGCAUCACCUACGCCCUCCAGCUUGCGACCCAUCUCUACAAAGAGCACCUGCUCGACGACGACCACUUUCUCGAUUGGAUAGUCAAUGGCCUCGACACCUGUCCCUCAGAACGCCUAUUUAUCUGGUUGCUGGUCGUUUCCAUAUCACACUAUUGGACCGCUGUAACCUGCUGUCGACGCCGCGGCAAGCGUCUCGCCGAGUCAUUGCUCACCCAGCUCGACAAGAUCUAUCGACUUGAGGAUCUGCGACCUUAUAUCGCCGUUUUGCAAUACCUUGAAAACACCGUUAUACGCUUGCUCGCCACACGACCUGCUUGCCUGCUGCUUCCGACUGCGUGGGCCAGAUAUUGUCCCCUCUUGCGGAACCUCGCUGAGAGGAAAAAUCAUGCACAUGUCAUGCAAGCGAUCCGGAGGCUCGAGCUGAGGAACACUAGGCUCCUGCGAUCGCCAAAGAAAAUUACUUCGGCCUCACAGACACCCGCUGGCCGCGUCUAUCGGGUACUGGAUUCGGUAGACUACAGCAAGCCAGUGCGUAUUGAGGACUUGUCCUGUGACUGUAUGGAGAUAAUCGCCGACGCUCCACGCUUGAUCGGUGUUCUCCUCCAGUGGGCAUGUACUUGUUACCGAGCAGGAGCACACAGGAUCUAUCUGGCGACGCGAUUACUCCGUAGAUGGAACCAUCUUGGUGCGGACGUGUAUGACGGCAUAGUUUCGCACCUCCGUGACAUGACGUGGGUUGCUACUGGCGAUUCAGAUAUACUUUUCAAAAUCGUUGCUGAACUGGUCCGUUCAAAGACUUUCGCUACUGGGCGCUAUCUCCAGUGGCUUAUUGCGACGGGGUCUACAGGUCACAAUACAGAUCUGUCUUCACCGCAGUCCUGGCCGCUGCGUUUGAUCACCGAGAUACCCCUCAGUGGGCUACCGGACCAAAUCCGUACAUUGCGGAGCACACUCCUCCGUGGAACCUUGCACUCCGCCGAAUUGGAACAACGAGCUCUUGGCUACGCUGAGCACAUGAUAUCUCAAACCUUACCUACCUUGUUUGGCAUCUACAGCACCACAGCUAAGCUGAACGACGAAGAGCUAGAUAAGCUCAGUUCGACGAUCAAACUGGAACUGGGUAUUUGGCUACGUCGACACGUCGCUCAGUAUGCCGAGGUUAGCGCGCACAUACCCACAAAGGACUCCUCAGUCGAAGAAACCGCCGCGGUCUCCCUUCUAACGCCCUGGGACUUCCACACUGUAAGAUCGUACCUUGAGCGAUUCGGAGACCUUGCUAUCCUUGCGGACAUUGUCGGCGUCGCAACUACAUCCUUGGAUUCCAGUGUUCUUGCCUCUGCUGCGGACACGAUCAAUUACCACACCAGAGCCUUUCGUGCAAUAGGUGCCUUUGACCCACUGUUUGCUAGAAUUGCGACAAGAUAUGCCGCCAUACGAACUAUCCGACUCCCGGAUCGCGAAUUACUGCUUAGUCUUGCCAGUCUAGCUCGUACAGCACAAGCUGAUGGCCAACUCCCUCAGCUCCUCAACUAUGAUUUGAGCCAACUGAACCAAAGAAACUCACUUGUAGCCUGUUCACCAGCCUCCGACAAUAUGGGUGAGGUCAUGCAAACAGGAUCGUCCUCCGAUGACGAAAUUGAACGCAUACUUUCGAGCGGUACCAGCAUGGAUCAACAGAUGAUGGGUCGAGUACUGAGGAAGAUCGUCAGCAACCUAGAGGAACAUCUAGCCAAGGGCUCUUUCCACUUGAACAACCACCAUGCAUGGUUCCAUCGGCUGCGCUGCUUCGAUGAGCCGACCUUCGACAUGGUCGUGAAUGAAUGGCUGGUUUUGAGCUUAAUGGCUCAAAGGACUGACACCCUGCGAGUAGCCUUGCCUACACUUGUUGGUUCAGGCUGUAUUCCUUUGGCGUCCUUCCUUGAUUCCCUCAGAACUUGCAUCGCAAAAUUCAAGACCAAUCCUUCUGAAGGUGGCCUCCAAACUGCUCUCAAAGGCAUGAUGAUUACUCUGCCGUCUGACGCUCUAGUUCAGUCUUGUUCGCCGCAAGAUGCAUAUCGAUACCGCUUGGAGCAGCGAAAGCUUUGCUUGGAAACUGAAGGCCGCUUUACGCAAUGUGUUAGUGAGGUGAUUAGGCUUGCUUCAGCCAUUACUUCUCAGAGGGCUCAGGAACAACUCUCAGAGUUCCUACGCAGUAAGCCCAUGCUGCAUGUUCUGAAAAAUCGCAUUGCUGGCGAUCCAGGAUGCUUGUCAAAGUUGAAUAAGGAUGCUUCGAGUCAUUUGCUCAAGCCGUCGUUGGACAGCCUACUUGACCCCAAAGGCCACUUACGGCUGCCCGACAAGAGCCCUGAACAGCAGGUACUUGCAGUCUUUGCACUUACUAGCGAGUUGUCCUUACCAAUCUGCCAAGCGGCUAUCGAGCAGCUGUUCUCAUCUAGUGCAGCCGCGCUGGGAGGCACCGGUGAGGUACUUUCUGCUUCUCUUUUGAGUGCCAUCAAGAAAGCAGUGGAAGAGGAUCAACCUUCAGGACUAGGGCUACUUGCGAGCUUGGACGUUGCUCUCACCGACCAGAUACGACAGCACGCUGAACGCGAGAUCUUGAAUGCCUCUAGCUUCUUGUGUAUGACAUCCACCGUCAAAGCAGAUGAACCAGAGAAGGUCUCGCCCGCAGUGGUACAGAAAUAUCUCACAGUUAUCGAUCUGACUUCCAAUAAGCGUGCGGCAUCCACGGAACAGAUUGCGCUUCUCCACGCCUUGGUCGAGAGGUUUAAAGGCAUAAGUCAAGCUCUUGAAGACAACAGACUCUCUGUUCCAGAGUUGUAUGCUUGGUUGAACGCCCUACUUCGUCUGGUAGUAUAUCAUGCACCGGACAUGUUGGCUGAGGCUACACAUCCACAUCAGACCGCUUUGAUGAGUGCCAUGGCUGCCUUGCUCAUGCAUCCAUCUUUGGAACUAUAUCCUACGAUUACCGAACAUGUCUUUGAUGUCACGGUAUUCUUGUCCGAUUACAUAACGGAUGACGUUCGGUUCCACGUUACUCGAUUGGAAGGAGCAAGGCUUGCAAGCGAUGCGCGUUGUGUCUUCAUUCUGGGAGUAACAGCUCCCGUCGACGGUUGGCUUGUCCUGGCCAAACCCGUUAACACCCCUCUGGUCCAGGCGUCGUCGCAACCACCGACACCAACACCCCUUCAGAAUCAGCCAUCACCGUACCAGAGCCCGCAUGUACCUGCUAGUGGCUCUGCAACACCGCAACAACGCUAUUUCCUACAACAACAGCAACAGCAACAGCAACAGCAACAGCAACAGCAACAACAACAACAGCAGCAAAGACAGCAGCAAAUGCAAGCGGCACAACAAGCACAACAGAUACGUGCGCAGCAGCAGUAUCACCAGCAUCCGCAGAACAAGAUGCUGCCCGCACAACUCCAACGAACCCCGUCAGGCCAGGCCUCGCCCUCUCCACUGCAGCAAAUGUCGCAAAUACAACAGAUGCAGCAAAUGCAACAGCGCGCCAUGCAGCCAUCGCCCGUCUACUCGCAGCGUCCUACUCCUGCAGCGGGUCAGGGCCAAUCUAGUAGCCAGGGCCAGAUGAGCGCGCAGGCGCCGGGCAAGCUGCAGAUAAGGCAAGACCGGGAGAUACGCCACUAUGCUUUUGUACAGCCUAGGUGGGAGAUUCUAGCCGAAUCUUCUGGCAACCCGAAUGGAAAUGAGACUGCAAUCAACUUGAGUCUCUUUGGCGCGCGAAAGGUGUAA